GAGCUUCCGCUUAAUUUUAAUAUCAUCUUGCGUUUUAACACGCCGCAGUUGCACAACAUGAAAGCGCUCGCACUGCUAGCUAUUUACGGUCUUUUGGCAUUUGUCGCAGCAGAAACACAACCCAAGGUGGUAUCGAAGGACAUAGAUUUGGGUGUAUCUGAUUAUCAAUGUCCGGAAGGACUUUACGUCGCUCCUCACGAGACGCAAUGCGAACUGUACUACAUUUGCGCUUCAGGUGGCACCCCAACUCAUUUGUACCAUUGUAAAGACGACCUAUUGUUUGAUCUCGUUUACUACGGAUGCAACUUCAAGGAAUUAACGGAUUGCGGUGACCGCCUUUCGCCUUUCACAUGUCCGUCUCCCAAUGGUAAAUUCCCUAUUAAAGAGGGUGCAUGCAGUUCCCAAUAUUACGUUUGCACUAACAACGCCACUUCAUUAGAGACUUGCCCAAAUGGAGGAAUCUUCGACGCUCCUUCAUCGUCAUGCAUCGCAUCUACUUGUACAACGACAACGACAGCUAGAGCACCCACAGCACCGGGCGAUUUCCAGUGCCCGGCACCCAACGGGAGCUUCUCCAGUCCUUAUUCCUGUUCUCAGUACUAUGUCUGCAUUGAUGGAGUAUCAUUCCUCUUCAAUUGUGCUGCUGGGCUUUACUACAAUGCUCCUUUUGACAUCUGUGAUUGGCCAGCCAAUGUCAAUUGCAACUUGUAAAUUAUAUUCUAU